AUGCAUGCACUAUCCUCGUGGAGGCGAACAUGGGGUACCAUACGCGUGGCAGCACGCCUAGGACGUCGUGGAGCGGUCACAGCAACGCCUGCCAGCCUGCCAGCUGUCCUCCUCCGCGACUACCAGGAGGAAUGCAUCCAAUCGGUGCUGGCGUCGCUGGACCGGGGCCAGAAGCGAGUGGGCAUCUCUCUGGCGACAGGUGCGGGGAAGACGGUGGUGUUCACGCAACUGCUGGAUCGGAUCCGGCCGACGGCGCUGGGCGGCGAUCGGACGCUGAUUCUGGCGCAUCGCCGCGAGCUGGUCGAGCAGGCAGCUCGGCACUGCUCGACGGCGUAUCCGAGCAAGACGGUGGAGAUCGAGAUGGGCUCACUGCACGCGAGCGGGACGGCAGACAUCACGGUGGCGAGCGUGCAGUCGAUCACGUCGGGCACGCGCAUCGCCAAGUUCAGCCCGGGCGCCUUCAAGCUGGUGCUGGUGGACGAGGCCCAUCACAUCGUGGCCUCGGGCUACAUGCAGGUGCUGGAGCACUUUGGCCUGCACUGCAAGCCGGAGGGGAAUGAAGGGCCAGCGCUGGUGGGCGUGUCCGCGACGUUUUCGCGGUUCGACGGGCUGGCGCUGGGCGCAGCCAUUGACGAGAUCGUGUACCACAAAGACUACAUCGACAUGAUCGGCGACGGCUGGCUGGCGGACGUGGUGUUCACGACCGUGAAAUCGACGGCGGACCUGUCGAGCGUCCGCAGCAGCAGCGGGCGCGACUUUGCGGUCAGCGAGCUGUCACGAGCCGUCAACACGGCGCAGGCGAACGAGGUCACCGUACGGACGUGGCUGGCCAAGGCGGCUGCAGCUGGCCGCCGAUCGACACUGGUGUUCUGUGUCGAUCUAAGUCACGUGGCCGAUCUGACGACGGCCUUUUGUCGCCACGGCGUAGACGCGCAGGCGGUCACGGGCGAGACAGACCGCCUGACGCGCAGUCGCCGCCUCGAAGCUUUCCGUCGCGGCGACUUUCCCGUGCUGCUCAACUGCGGCGUCUUUACCGAGGGCACCGAUAUCCCGGGCGUCGACUGCGUCGUGCUGGCCCGUCCGACCCGGUCGCGCAACCUGCUCGUUCAGAUGAUCGGCCGUGGAAUGCGGCUGCACGAUCGCAAGACCAACUGCCACGUCAUCGACAUGGUCGCCACGCUUGCUACCGGCGUCGUCAGCAGUCCGACCUUGUUUGGGCUCGCGCCCGAUGAACUGGUCGAAGGCGCCUCAGUGGCCGACCUGCAGGCUCUGCGUGAGAGGAGAAUGGCCGAGUCCGGCCGCAUGGCCGCUCCGUCCAGCUCCAGCUCCAGCUCGAGCCAGCCGCCCAUCGACAGCGUCCGCUUCACCGACUACGACUCCGUGCUCGACCUGAUCGCUGACACGUCGGGCGAGCACCACAUCCGCACCGUCAGCCGCUACUCCUGGGUGCAGGUCGGCCAGCAUCGCUACGUGCUCUCGGGACCGACCGGGACGUAUCUACGGCUGGAGAGCUUGGACGAGAGUGAGGGCAAGGAAAAGAACAAGACCAGCACCAGGAAGACGAAAGCAAAGUUGCCAGAAGCGGAAUCCCCAGACAACUGCCGCUUUCGCGUCGUCGAGGUCCGCGCCCUGCCGCCCGGUAUCUCCAAAUCGCCCUUUGCACCACCUCGCGAACUCUGUCGCGUCCUGUCCCUCGACGACGCCGUUCAUGCUGCCGACAGCUACGCCGCCAAGAUCUUUCCCGUUCCCUUCAUCCUCCGACAUCUGCCCUGGCGCAAAGGUCCGCCUACCCCCGGCCAACUCGCCUUCCUCAACAAGAUCCGCGACAAGUCCGAUGACCGUCUGCUGACCGCCGACAACGUCACCCGUGGCGCUGCCUCUGACAUGAUCACCAAGAUCAGGCACGGUGCCCGCGGCUGGUUUGCCGACAUUGAUGCCCUCCGUCGUCGCCGUGACCGCCGCCAGGCUGCCCAGGACGCCCAGAAGCGUCGCGAGACCGUCACCAUCGGCCCCCUGGCGCCAUGA